UGUGCGAUUUUGGAUGUUGUGCAAGUGCCCAAUUGCUCUGAGGUGAAUUGGCGUGUACUUCAGCACCACCUUUUCCACACGAUGCAUUGAGCAAAAAAACACCAUAUGUGAAGGCUUUUCCAGGUGUUCAGCGCGCGGCCCCUCGCCCCCCCAGCCAUGCCCGUGGACCUGGCCAUGAGGCUCUGCCUGAGCCACUCACCUCCCAUCCGCAAGUUGCUGAACUCCUAUGAGGAGCUGCGGGGCAGCCGAGGAUGCAAACCCCUCCGCUCCUGUCUCAACCAGAAGCUGAGUGCAGAACCAGAGCCCGAGCGGCGAGAUAGCACCAAGAGCUCCAAAGGUCAGAAGAAGAAGAGGGUGGUGUUUGCUGACAUGAAGGGGCUCUCACUGACUGCUGUCCGCUUCUUCUCAAAGAUUGAGGAGGAUCUGUGUGAUCUGCAACAUGCCCUGUCUGACCUCGCCUGCUUCCGGCCCAGGCUGCGGGACCCACGUCCGCAGGUGUGCAGGUAUGUGCUGGACUUCUCACAGCCCUCUGCGGACUACGUGGCUUUCCGCAGCCGCCUACACAGCAACCUAGUCUGCCUGGAGAACUGUCUGAUCCAGGACCGUGCCCUGUCAGGGACAGUGAAGGUCAGAAACAUCGAGUACGAGAAGAAAGUGAUGGUCCGCAUCACCUUCGAUGGCUGGAGGAGCUUCCGGGAUGUCUCCUGCCAAUACAUGCACAGCACAUACGGCUCAGCCGACACAGACACCUUCUCCUUUGAGCUUACCCUGCCCAAGCCAUCCAACUACCACAGAGCCACAGAGUUCUGCAUCUCCUUUCAGUGCAGGCAGGCAACCCACUGGGACAACAAUCACGGGAGGAACUACAAGAUCUGCCAUGUGGGCAUGAUCUGCUCACCCUCCCAUCCUGCAAAGAGUGCCAAUGGGGCCAAGGGGCAUCUCGGCACCUCUCGGGCUGCAGCCCUCGUCCUUUCUCAUCUGCAGACCUGGCGGCACUCAGAGACCCAGGGUCCUUAUUGGUAGGAUAGUAGUGUAUUGGGGAGCGUAAAUUUCCUCCAUGUUCCUGCCUUGGUACAAGGGUCUUUGGGGAGGGGUUCAGCUGCAGAAGAUGCUGUUUGCUAUUUUGCUAACUCUUCCACAUCUCUGACUUGCUGCUGUACAAGCAGCUACAGGUCUUCACGGAAGCUUCUUCAAUGCUGGUUCCUGCCUUAGAGGCUGGAAACUGCUGCUUGUUGUUAUUCCUGUUUCUAGGUUCUCAAGGCAAAAAGCUACUGUGAGAGCAGGAGAGGGACAGAAGGAAGGUGCUAUGGCCCAUGUACCACAUCUCUGUUUAGAAGCUGCUUAGGGUGAGAACCAGCCACAUGGAACAGUGCAAGUCAAAGGUGCGGCCCAAGUGCCUUGUGUAGGAAAGAUGUUUAGGAGAAAGGGCAUACCCCCUCCUGCUGUGCCUGGGGUCUUAAAGCAGAGCAUAAGGCUCCCAAGCUGCACCUAAGGCAACAGCAGGGGUCUUGGGCAGGAGCUGUGCCUGCUUUGCAGCACGAGCGACUAGCUCCAGUGUCAUUCCAGCUUCCCUGGGAAAGGGCUCAGUGUAGGGGGACAAGUCCUAGUUGCAGGUUCUCCAAGCCGCAGUCCCUGGGAAGGGGCAGCCGGUGGGUUUUUAGUCUUGCAGAUGACUGAAUGCAUAGGCCAGGCUGCUGGCCAGCAGAUUCCCAGGCCGGGCACUGCAGCAGGACUCAGCGGCUCGGCCGGCUUCGCGGGCGGCCCUACCAGCUCUUUGCUGCAGCC